AUGUCGCUAGCGCCGUCGCACCAGCUUACGGGUCUCACGCAGGCCGUCAUCCAAGGCGACCUCUCCGCCUUGAUAGAGAACGUCACUCCGUCCAACGUUAACUACACAGACCCUCACAACCGCCUAUCGCUGGUGAUGUGGGCCGUUGUUCUCGGUCGUCUUCCGACAACACAGCUGCUGCUCAGUCGCGGCGCCUCGCUGGCACAGGUGGACCGGCAGGGGUUCACGAUCCUGCACCGUGCCGUGUGGAGCGCCGACGUGCCGAUCAUUCACAUGGUACUCUUCACUACCCCCAUGUCGGCCCUCGCCUCUUCCGCUGGUGCUCGUGCUCGUGCCGCAGGCGCACACACAUCCACCACCUCUUCGCCGUCGGCGUCGUCUUCGCUGCUGACGUGGCGCCCCGGCGCGCAGCGCCUCGUGAACGCCGUGCACUCAGCCACCGGGCGCACGCCGCUGAUGCUGGCGGCUCUGUCCGGGCAAGUGGACGUGGUUCGCUAUCUACUCGUCACCUGCGCCGCUGAUCCGUACGCGCGAGACUCGUACGGCCUCACCGCCGUGGAUCUGGCGGCGCUGUGCGGGUACCUGCACAUUGUGCAGCUGCUGCUGAAUCUGACGGUGGCACCGAACGGGGCCGGUGGCAGCGCCGCGGACGUGUUCCCCACAACGCAGUGCAGCGCCGAGGAUUACAUCGAGAUCGCCAAAACCAUUCCGCAGCGAGAGCGUUUGUGUGCGGUCAACAAGCUUCUUAACGAGAACCUCGCCGAGGCCUCGCGCGUGGCGGUAACAUGA